AUGUCGGUCCACCACGCGCGGCUCAACAACCAAAAGUUUAUCCAGCUCGAAAACGAGGCACGCUUCAAGAGCUUCGGCGAGCGCAAUGCGACGGCGGCCGGCGAAGGCAGCUCCAGCAGCCGGCGACGAGGCUGGUUCGGUAGGAAGAACAGCUACCGCGGCUCGGUGAGGGCGCCGUCGCAGUCCCACGACGGAACCAGCACGACGCCGUCGUCGGUGCCCUCGGCGUCGACGUUUCUCAAGAAGCUGACGCUGGCGGGCAACCUGUCGUUUAACAUUGCGCGCUCGUCGGUCGACCGACAGGGCGCGGGGAGCGGCGGUGGCGGCAACAGCAUGUACACGCUGAAUUCCUCGUCGUCGGGCGCGUCCCCCCUGCGGUCGCCAUCUGUCAGUAUGGCGGAGAGCGGGCGGCACUCGGCGAGCCCGAGCACCGAAAACAUCAAAAUCCGACUGCACCUCCUGCUGGUGGCGGCGGCCAAAUGGGAAGACUACGGCAACUGCAGCCUGCAGAUCCGGCGGCCGCCGCCCGGGUGGCGGCAGGCGCUGCGGGCCAACCACGGGCUGGAGAAGCGGGUGACGGUGACGACGGUGCCCAAGAAGGAGUCGGAGGCGCCCAAGGUGGUGCUGGACGCGGUGCUGGGCAGCGGGUGCUUCUCGGGCAUGGGCAGCAGGGGCAUCGUGUGCGGCGUGUGGGAGGAGGUCAAAGAUGGCGACGGCGUCGUGGGCAUGGUGCCGGCGACGGGGGCGACGGGGGGCAACAUUAAGAAGUGGUGUUUUCAGCUCGCGACGGCAGGCGAGGCGGGAUGGGUGUUACGGCUGCUGCACCAGGAGGUUCUCCGCGCUUGA